CGAACACGAAGAGGCAUGAUGACAUGGCGGACAGCGUUAACGAGUGGCUUUGACGCCGCGCGCAGUCGAUCGUAUCUGAUUAGCCGAGGUCGAUCCCGAGAAAUGGAUACACUGACACAUUACGUUUUCUACCACAGUUCAAAUGAAUGUUUCAUGUGAUACUACUUUGGUUGCCGAAAAACCCGCACGAGCCGCAGCGGUGUGUGUAGCUCUGGAUCGUGCGCGUCCGACAUUUUGUGUUUCGCCGUUGUCGCUGUUGCGUUUGCCGUUCUACAGAUCUGCUACCGUCACCAACCUUCGCCGCUGCACCGGACUGCGUUUACGUGUCGAAUUACCACGGGAUAUCGACCAUGGAAGAAACUAAAGAAACUAAUAAAUUUAUGUAUAUGAUGAAAAAAAUGUGCAUUUUUGACCCAAGAAACCCAAACAAGAAAAAAUGUCUUGAUUUACUGUACUGUCCAAUUACCCAAUCUUACUGUAUGGGAUUUGAUACGAUAAAAAUUUUUUACGAUGACGCUAACAAUCCAAGUUCUAUAUCUAAAUAUCUAGAUGCUUCAAUCCAUUUAAAAUAUAGAAUGAUUUACCAAGGCUUAUUGUUGGUACAACAUGAUAACACACCAGCUUUAAAUGAGUUUAAGAGAAUUCUUCAGGUUUUAUUUGACGAAACAAUAGUAAAUCGCACUUCCGUUAAGGAUACAAUGAAAAUCUGUACUUUGAUCGAAUCAAUACCUUCACUGCAAACGAUUCACCAGUCUUUGGAUCAACUCAUUCUAAAGAUUAAACAACUACAGCACGAUGAAGAGGAAGAUGAUUCAACUCAACCUGACUCAUUGGUCAUGGCAGGUGCUCCACCUAUACCUGAAAUGAAAGUUUUGAGAGAUUUAUAUGAAAUAUUUUCAAAUCCUCAUAAUGAUUUAGAUUGGGAGUCUUAUGCUAAUGACCAUCUUGAAGAAGUUGAAACUGCACAUAGUAAUUCUAUGUUGGUUAACCCGACAAUUGUUACUCAAAAUAUUGACGGAAUAUUUGCCAAAUGGCUUAAAACCAUCAAUCUCCAUAAAUAUCAAUGGUUUUUCAAUGGCCUCAGUUAUCUUGAAAUAAUGCUCAUUGAUGAGAAAAAUAUUAAAGAUGCCAUAGCUAAGGUGAACAAAAAAUCUAAUACUACAUAUGCCAUUCCAAAACAUAUUCAAAAGGAUAUUUGCAUUAAGACCAAAGCUUUAAAAAAUCGACCAAUCAAGAUCAGAAACGCAAUACUGGUUUUAAACUCUGACAUGGAAGUAUCACAAUUGUUUAAUAUUAUAACAUACAUGCAAGAUAUACUUCAAUAUCCUAUACCCAAUAGAAACUGUAUGACUGGCGAAGUUCUACUAAAUGAAAUAGUCAUUUUUAUGGAAUAUUUUAUAUUGGAAAUUAACACUCAAUUGUUUGCAAUCAAAUUCAUCAACCCUGAAAGUGUACUUGUAACCAUAAUCAAAAAGUACUUUGAAUGCAUAUUUCUCAUUCUUGAAAAUCAAGUAUUCAUGGGAAAACAUAUUAAAAAAGUUAAAUUUUUGAAAAAAAUGUUGAUAGAUAUAGUCCAGAGUAUGCCCUAUAAAAAAUAA